UUUGUGAAAAUAAAUUUUGAAUACAGACAGCAAUAAUAACUACAUUAAUUUGUAACCAACCUGACCAACACCGUCAAACGGGUUUCCAGGCUCCAUUAUUACUUAUUAAGACUCUUCUUUUGAAUAGCUGGAAGUUAUUUAAUUUUGACGCCAACCCGGAAAUAGAUGCCGUUUGUUGUGAUCCAUAAACGGGAGCAGGCAGCGCGCUGGGCUCGAUUCUACUACUGCUACUACAAACGGUAGCACCACAAUGGCGUCUACACAAAUAAGUCCCCUUCUUCACGGCAAAUCCCUGACGACACCGUGGUGGCUGCCCUUGGCGUUGCUGGCCCUCGUCCUCGUCGGGAGAGGCGAGGGCAACGCGAUGGACAACGUCGCAACAGAGAGGCUGGCUGAGGAAAGCCACCGCCAAGACAGUGCCAACCUGCUCAUAUUCAUCAUGCUGCUAACGCUCACCAUUCUCACCAUAUGGCUCUUCAAGCACAGGCGCUUUAGGUUCCUGCACGAAACAGGGCUCGCCAUGAUCUAUGGCCUUCUGGUGGGUGUAAUCUUGCGAUUCGGUGUCCACGUGCCCCCGAGCAUGAGCGAGGUGGUGCAGGGCUGUGCGGUGAACGCCAGUCCCGCCACCCUGCUGGUCAACGUCAGCGGGCGAUUCUACGAGUACACCCUGAAGGGCGAAGUUAGCCGCGGCAAAGGCCACCAAGUGCAGGAUGACGAGAUGCUUAGAAAGGUUACUUUUGACCCAGAAGUCUUUUUCAACAUUUUGCUGCCCCCAAUCAUCUUCCAUGCUGGCUACAGUCUAAAACGGAGACAUUUUUUCCGCAACAUUGGCUCCAUUCUGGCCUAUGCUUUCAUGGGAACUGUUGUAUCCUGCUUUAUCAUCGGGCUCAUCAUGUAUGGAUUUGUGUCCUUCAUGAAAGUGGUGGGCCAGCUUGGGGGAGAUUUUUAUUUCACUGACUGCCUCUUCUUCGGGGCCAUUGUAUCAGCGACAGACCCAGUGACAGUGCUGGCUAUUUUUAAUGAGCUGAAGGUAGACGUGGACCUGUAUGCUUUACUUUUUGGAGAGAGCGUGCUCAAUGACGCCGUGGCCAUCGUCCUCUCGUCCUCCAUUGUGGCCUACCAGCCGGCAGGUGACAACAGCCACAGCUUUGAGGCCAUGGCCUUGCUCAAGUCCUUUGGCAUCUUCCUGGGCGUCUUCAGCGGAUCGUUUGCUCUCGGCGUGGCCACUGGCGUGGUGACGGCACUCGUGACCAAAUUCACCAAGCUCAGGGACUUCCCCUUGCUGGAGACGGCACUGUUUUUCCUCAUGUCCUGGAGCACCUUCCUGUUGGCUGAGGCCUGUGGCUUUACCGGCGUGGUUGCCGUGCUGUUCUGCGGGAUCACUCAGGCUCACUACACCUACAACAAUCUCUCUCGUGACUCACAGGAUCGAACCAAACAGUUGUUUGAGCUGCUCAACUUUCUGGCAGAGAACUUCAUCUUCUCCUACAUGGGCCUGACGCUCUUCUCCUUUCAGUCGCAUGUCUUCAACCCCUUGUUCAUCAUCGGGGCCUUUGUGGCGGUGUUCUUGGGCAGGGCGGCAAACAUUUACCCGUUGUCCUUCCUGCUCAAUCUGGGCCGCAAGAAUAAGAUCGGAUCCAAUUUUCAACACGUCAUGAUGUUUGCAGGUCUGCGUGGGGCGAUGACAUUCGCCCUGUCCAUCCGAGACACUGCCACUUACGCCCGUCAGAUGAUGUUCUCGACCACCUUGCUGAUCGUCUUCUUCACUGUGUGGAUCUGCGGAGGCGGCACCACGCCAAUGCUGUCCUUCAUGAGCAUUCCCGUGGGUGUAGACUCUGAUCAAGAUCACUCAAGUUCAGGAAUGUUAGACGGCUCUCAGAGGAGGAACACCAAGCAUGAGAGCGCCUGGCCCUUCAGGAUCUGGUACAACUUUGAUCACAACUACCUAAAACCCCUCCUGACCCACAGUGGCCCCCCUCUUACCGCCACUCUGCCAGCCUGUUGCGGACCACUGGCACGGUGCCUCACCAGCCCACAAGCAUAUGAGAACGAAGGGCCUCUCCACGACGAAGACUUCAUCCUGAACGACGCCAGCGUGAGCUCCAUGUACGCCGACGUGACCGUCAGUACGGACAGCUCGGGCUCCAGCGGGGUCAAGCACCACCGCCCGGCCUCCGCCGACGAGAGCCUGGACCACGAACUGGCAAUGGCUGAACAUGAGGUGGCCAUCCGGGGCACCCGCCUGGUCCUGCCCAUGAACGACCCGACCGAUCCCCCGACAACCGUGACUCUGCCUCCGCCGCCCUCCCCGCCCCGCUCAGACCCCCGUAGGCACAGACUAUGAGAAAAGGUUUGCACUGGCGGGAUGCGGCUUCUCAUCCAAGUUCAUUUUGUUUCGAAACCCUCCAUUGUUGGGUCAGUGGUUAUAUUUACAUGGCAGCACUGUAUGUUCCGCAGGCUAUCUAUACGGCAAUUCACGAUGACAGUAUACCAAUCCAGUUCCACGAGAUCGUACUGUACAUUUAAUUGUUAGAUUUUCAAGGCUUGUUAGAACAGUGGCUAUUUUUAUGUGACUGUAAUUAUUUUGGGGUUCCCCUGCAGGCUAUUUUUACAGUGGUUCUCAUUAGACAGAUUGUUUUUUUUGUUUGUUUGUUUUCACAGCUCUGCUAUGUUGCUAGAGUGAGGAAGUCUUUCUAAUGCUUGAAAAGAAGUUGAGAUUUGCAGACAGCCUUGUGGCUAUUUUUACGUGACGAUUUUAUUUGUUUACUCCUGCAAGCUAGUUUUGCGGUAAUUCUCCACGAGACUUAUCAGUCUUUUUCCUAGCUCAGCCAUGUUGCUGGUGUACACCAGUCAUUCUUAUUAGUGCGAAGAAUUUUGAGACAGAGGCCCUGGCUAAUUUUACGUGACUAGUGUAUUUUCUACAGGUUAAUUUUCGGUAGUUCACAACCAUGCCCAUUUAAGCAAUUUUUCCAACUUAGCCAUUUAGCUAGUGUUAGCCAGUCAUUCAUGUUAGUGCAAAUAAUUUGAGACUUGGCUAUGGCUAUUUUUACAUGACUGAAAGAAGACUGACUGACUGACUAUUUUUCUGCAGGCUUUUUUUCCCCCUCAUUAGUUCCUGACCAUGCAUAUUCAGCAUUUUUUCCCUAACUCGGCCAUGUUGCUGGUGUUAGCCAUUCAUGCUUAUUGGCGCAAAGGAGAUGCAGCGGUCGGUUUAGUAUAAGUUGAUUUUCUCAAGAAAUUUGACGCAGACUGUUGGGACUUUUUACGGCCGUGGCUACUCUUAUGUAUCUUUCGGUAGUUCCCAACACUAUUCCCCCCAACUCUGACACUUUGCUAGUAUAAACUAAUCAUUUUUAUUGGUGCAAAGGAUUUGACACUUUAUUCAGCUCAGCCAUGUUGCUAGUGUUAGCCAAUCGUUCUUGUUGGUGCAAAGGAGGUUUAGACAAGCGAGUGGCUAUUUUUCCCUGAUUGUACAGUAAUAGGCGGCACAGCGGACGACUGGUUAGAGCGUCAGCCUCACAGUUUUGAGGACCCGGGUUCAAUCCCCGGCCCCCCCUGUGUGGAGUUUGCAUGUUCUCCCCGUGCCUGCGUGGGUUUUCUCCAGGCACUCCGGUUUCCUCCCCCAUCCCAAAAACAUGCAUUAAUUCGAGACUCUAAAUUGCCCGUAGGUGUGAAUGUGAGUGCGGAUGGUUGUUUGUGUGUUUGUAUGUGCCCUGCGAUUGGCUGGCAACCAGUUCAGGGUGUACCCCGCCUCCUGCCCGAUGACAGCUGGGAUGGGCUCCAGCAUGCCCGCGACCCUAGUGAGGAGAAGCGGCUCAGAAAAUGGAUGGAUGGAUGUACAGUAAUAUAUCUUUUGGUACUCCCGGAUUGUUCUUAUUGGCGCAAAGGAGAUUCAGCAAUGCAAUCCAAAGUUAUUUUGACAAGUAUUGAUGCUUGUUUAGGAAGUGGCUAUUGUGACAUGAUUGUACUUGUGAAGCUGUUUUUCCCGUAGUUCCUCACUAGUUCAAAAUUUUACAGCUCUGCUGUAUUCCUAAUACAAACAAACACAUUUUGUUUGUUUUGGAGAGCAAAGGAAAUGGAGAAAUGCAAUUGAAGUUCAUUUUGUCAAGACAUUUCUCAGGUUGUUGAGGAAAUGCUUAUACAAUGGCUAUUUUUACAUGACUGUGAUUUAUUUUGAUUUAUAUUUCUAUGGUUUUCAAUUAGACUAAUUAGGCACUUAAAAAAAAUAAAAAAUAAAUACAUUUCCAGCUCUGCCGUUUUGGUAGUUGUAAUUCGUCAUGCUUUUUAGCAGCGUCUAUUCUAACAGUAAUUCCUGUCCUGCCUGAGAAGUGAAUGUGGUCUUCUACUAGGCUGCUAAAUCAUUUUCCACUGUACAGGACCCAAGUUUUGGGUCGUUCACUCUUUCACUUUUUUGUGCUUCACUGACUCAACAUCUGUCUUGCUGCUAUUAAGAAAGCAUGACUAACAUACUUAGUAAUGCAGCUGAUAAAAAGGGUCAGAAAACAAUUGUCUGGACAAACCAUUACAGUCACAUAAUUCUAGCCACUGUAUUAACUUUUAACAAAUGAAAGAAUCCUCUGUUUUCACUGUUUCUCGUCGCUUAAAGUCUUUACAUGGACAGGUCCUCCUCAGCUACAUGAGGAGCUGUGCGAGGAGAGCUCCGUGACUGUAGGCUUGAUCAUGAGUGCGCUACAUGCAAGGUCAGGUACUGUUAAUCGAACUACACUUAAGGAUGUGCACAUUGAGUCACCGGUUAGAGAGGCUAAGCUACAUGAGAACUGACUACUUCCACACUCCUGUAAAGACAUUUUAGCACUACCUGUGUUUUUCAUUCAUGUGUGGAUUUAUUUAUUUCUUUGUUGUUUUAUGGUAUGAAAUUUCUUUAUUAUGGUGUUUGUAGAGGUAGGACAGCUUGGUGGCGAGACACAUCUUUUUGUCCCCUCGAAGGCACCGUGACAGUGUUAUCCCACAGGAGGUACGCUGUAUGAAUGUAGAGAGGUUAUCGAUUGUCAUUCCGGAGGUUACUUAAUUAUGAGCGUGUGAAAAGAAAUUAUUUGUGUAAUGUAGCAAGAUGCUUCUUACGGCGAGAUGUGCACUUCCCCUGUGAACGUCAUUUACAAGCUUGCGACUGAAGAAAAAAAAAACGAAAGUCUGCUAAUCUGACUGACACGCGCGCGUGUGCGCUAUGUCUUUGGGAGGAAGGCAGGUUCAAUUGUUGUGAAUUCAAGUGCCUCAAUUGUAAAUUGAACUCAAUGUAGAUUUGUACAUUUUAUUUGUGCAGUCAUUUUGACUGACACUAAAUGCGCUGAUUGAUGUUGAAUGUGAACAGUACAGUUGGUCUAAUAGUCAUUUUUAGAUUUAACUAGGAUUAACAAUAUGUCAUCAGAACUAAUCGCAUUGUGGAACAGUGUAAGGUUUACUGACUUGUUGAGUACAACGUUCUUGGACUUCUAAAUGGUGGAACCUCCAAAGUUGAACGCCCCUAAAGCAGGAAAACGAAAGCUCUGUUGUGCUUUUUUUUUUUUUUUUUUUUUGUGACUGUAAAAAAAGAAUAGGUGUAAUGAUAACCAUAGAACAUGACGUCGAACUGACUACAACAUAGUAAAACAUGUGGCAACACAGUACAAUACGAGCAAUAAAUGAAUGAGUAAUUAUUAAUUAAUUAUUAAUUAAUUUGUCCACGAAAAAUUAAUUACAUGGACACAUUUAUUUCAACAAACAUGCUUAUGUAAAUAGCAUGUAGUUAGUGACUUCCAUGACAGUGAUCAAAAAAGAAUUGAAAGAAAGAAAAAAGACACUUCUGUCAGUGUGCAUGCGAAACGGUCUCAGUUCACGUGCAUAUGUCUCCAGGCACACACGCCUGGGACUCUUUUGCUGGGUGUAACACAUGAAUAUGCAAAUUGCUUGGGUAUCCCCUCACUCACACUCUCGUCCUACAGACUUUUAUAAUUUACAUAGUCAAUCCCACCACAUUUCAGUUGUACAGCCGGGUUCACGACCCUGGUCCUGCAUGCUCCUUCUCCUGUCCUUGUCCUGUUCUAUCUUGUCCUGUCCUUCCCUCACAGGGUGUAGCACUACAGUCCAAUACAACACUCAUAUCUAAUGUUUCAUUGUUGUAGAUAUGUAAUGAUUUACUUUUCUCAUCCUGUUUACAAUUAGUGCUUUGUCUUUUGCCUUUGUUUCUCUCUCCCCUCUAGAAACUUUGUUCUGAUCGACUCUGAUUCUCAAUAAUCAUCAAUUAUAAUACUAAGAAACCACAGCGGCAGCUUAAAAACUCCACUGUGACACAGUAAAACUGUUCCAGUAUUAAAGGGAUACAGAUCCUCCAUUCUGCUUGACCUAACAGCUGAACAGGACAAAAAAAUAAAUAAAGGCUGAGUCGUUUUAGUUUUAUUACACAUUGUUUCAUGUCUCUAUUCUUGUUUGGCGUUCGGGAACGGUAAAAGGUUACUUAAAGCAUUACUUGUACAGUUGAGGUUUCAUGUGCCAGAGGAGCCUGGAACAAAUUAUUGAGUAAAACUUAGAAUUUAGUCAACGGAGCUUAUUACGUUGGACUUUGGAGGUUCCACUGUAGCAAUACAAAAGGAUCUCACCCACUCGUCUGCUUUUUUGCACUUAGGCAUUUCUGUAGUUUGGUGGACUGAAACUCGCCCUUUCGUCUUUGUACCGAGCAGGCUGGUCAACACCCUAAGAGUGUCUUUUGUCUUUAAUAUACCCAGAUAAAUAAUUAUUCUCUCAAUGUGUUUUUGUCUUGAUUUCGUAUUCAGAAUUAAGCUUUUCAGCAAAAUCGUCCACAGAAUUUGGAUUGCGUGUUAAUUUCAUGUGUGAUUGAAACAGAGAUUUAAUUUAUAUGGUACUUUUGUCUUAGCUAUCACACUUCAAACUAAAUAUAUUUGUAAAAAAUGUCUGGUUCUGCUCUUUGUAGAGAUUGAACACUGGAGUAUGUGAGCAUGAAAGUAAUGUAUUUGUGUAAGCAUUUUUAAGAAAAAGAAAUGUGAUCUAAUGUUCAGGAAAUAUUUGACUUAUUCCCUCCUGUUCUGUCAUUCUAUAUUUUUGGUCUCCUGUUUGGCAACUUGCAAAUAUAUUAGAAAUAAAUGUCAAGAA